CCCAAAUACCUGUGUUUCUCUCCAUCAUUUCAAUCAGAUCUCUUCACAAGUGUUACCUGAGCAGAGGACCCCAGCAGAGGAACAGCCUCUCCAUCCCUCUUCAUGCUCUCCCUCUUCUUUGCUUAUUUCUUCGUAGCACAUAUCGUGCAGUAACGUAGUUGUUCAUUUGUCAGAUUGCCCACACCAGAGGCCAAGUUCCCGGCAGAAGAAAGAGUUGAGAUGGACAAUGGUGAGGAGGAGAGAGCGAAAGAGCUGGGAAGAGAUGGAAAAACAAAGAAGAGAAGAGGCAGAAGUAAAAGCUCCAGAAUGUUGAGGAUCACUCUUCUUACCCUUCUUUGUACAUCCGCCUAUGCCAAAUCCGUUCAGGUUAGGUCCUCCUCCUACAAUGGAGAGUAUGGAGGUGGUGGUGGAGAACGAUUCUCUCAUUCUGGCAACCAGUUGGACGGUCCCAUCACUGCCAUCCGUGUCCGAGUUAACAGAUACUACAUCGUAGGUCUCCAGGUGCGCUACGGCAAGGUGUGGAGUGACUAUGUGGGUGGCACCCGGGGAGACAUGGAGGAGAUCUUUCUGCACCCUGGGGAAUCAGUGAUCCAGGUGUCUGGCAAGUACAAGUACUAUCUGAGGAAGCUGGUCUUCGUGACUGACAAGGGCCGCUACCUGCCUUUUGGGAAGGACACAGGCACAAGUUUCAAUGCUGUCCCCUUGUACCCCAACACCGUGCUUCGAUUCAUCAGUGGCCGAUCCGGCGCCCUUAUAAAUGCCAUUGGCCUGCACUGGGACACCUACCCCAGUGAAUGCUGAGCCCCGGCCUCCUUCUAAGCAGGGGGGCAGUACAGUGGGGGGUGGGAGAACCCCCUUACCACUAACCCCAUCCACAAGGCUCAAUUAAAAAAAUAAAAGGA